AUGCCACUUGGGCCCCAGAGUUCAAAGAUCCAGAGCAUCCCAACGCUCAUCCACCUCCGAGAGAAGCACCUCCAAAAAUCGAGAUUCAUCUGCGACAACUUGAACGUGAACGUGUUUGUCUUCUUGACCUUUCUUCCUUUCAAGGGCAAAGAAAGUGAUGAACAGCCACAGCUGAGCGUGGAUGUUGGGGAGCAACACGCCGAGGCCCUGGAGGAGAACGCAGACAAGGGAGUCGAUCUGGUUUACUCCCUAAAUGAUCGGCCGCCGUGGUACCUCUGCAUCCUGCUGGGCUUCCAGCAUUACAUCCUGGCCUUCGGCGGCAUCAUCGCGAUCCCCCUCAUCCUGGCCGAGCCCCUCUGUAUCAGGGACAACAACGAGGCCAAGAGCCAACUCAUCUCCACGAUAUUCUUUGUGUCUGGACUAUGUACACUGCUCCAGACAGCUGUGGGUACCAGGUUACCAAUUCUCCAGGGUGGGACCUUCAGUUUCAUCACGCCGACCCUGGCAAUCCUGGCUCUACCGAAGUGGCAGUGUCCGAACCUGGCAGAACCUGCAGUGGCGUCAUCGCAGUUUCAGAACGACACCGGCCCAAAGCUCUCGGGAAAUUCUGACGAGUUGUGGAUGUCACGGAUGCGAGAGAUCCAGGGGGCGAUAUUGGUGUCUUCACUCAUACAAAUCGUCAUUGGCUUCUCAGGCCUCGUGGGCUUCGUGCUUAAAUAUAUCGGUCCACUAGCCAUCGCUCCCACCAUCAACCUGAUUGGCCUGUCACUGUUCAUCGAAGCAGGAAAAAAGUCUGGAGCUCACUGGGGAAUCGCUGCUCUGACCGUCUGCCUCAUCCUCCUCUUCUCCCAGUAUCUUGGUAAAGUCAACGUUCCAAUGAUUGCCUACAAGGACAAGAAAUGGAAGGUGUUCCAGUAUCCGCUCUUCAAACUGUUUUCUGCCUUGUUCGGCAUGUGUGGCGGCUGGCUGGUCUGCUUCUUACUCACCGUCUUUGACGUCCUGCCGUCCCAGUCCACUGAGUACGGCUACUCCGCCCGGACCGACAUCAGUUUAGACGCCGUGACAAACUCCCCGUGGUUCCAUGUGCCUUAUCCAGGUCAGUGGGGCGCGCCCACAGUGAGCGUGUCCUCCGUGAUGGGCAUGAUGGCGGGCGUCUUGGCCUCUACCAUGGAGUCCAUCGGUGACUAUUACGCCUGUGCCCGACUGUCUGGUGCCCCUCCCCCACCGACUCAUGCCAUCAACAGGGGCAUUGCCAUAGAGGGCAUCGGCUGCAUCAUUGCCGCAUUGUGGGGAACCGGCAACGGCACCACCUCCUACAGCCAGAACAUCGCUGCGCUCGGCAUAACCAAGGUCUGCUCCAGACUGGUCCUCCAGACCACUGGGAUUCUUAUGAUCGUUCUAGGAAUCUUUGGAAAGUUUGGAGCAGUAUUCAUCACCAUCCCAGACCCCGUCAUCGGAGGCAUGUUCCUGGUGAUGUUUGGGAUGAUUGCAGCCGUGGGGAUUUCAAAUCUUCAGUACGUGGACUUGAACUCAUCACGAAAUCUCCUCAUUCUGGGCUUCUCCACCUUCAGUGGACUGGUGUUGCCCACGUGGUUCCACUCCAACCCUGGCAUCAUCGACACAGGAAUGAAGGAACUAGAUCAGGUGAUCGUGGUGCUCUUCACUACGCACAUGUUUAUCGGAGGAUUCUUUGGCUUUGUUCUGGACAACACCAUUCCAGGAACUGCCAAAGAGCGGGGCAUCAACAAGUGGAAGGUCAUGGGUCAUGAGGACAGCAAAAGCACAUGUGACCAGUCCUGCUACGACAUUCCCUUCUGUAACGCUCUUUUACAGCGGUUUAAAUGUUUCCAAUACCUGCCCUUUCUUCCUUCUUACAAGACCACCCAACAGGGGGCAUCCAAGUGAACGAGGGCCUACACAGAGGUUAGGCUAACACUUGCCCUUUGGUCCCAGUAAAGUCAAACAGUAGACUGAGAAAAAUGAAAGUUGUACCUGGAAAGUUCUUCAAAAACAUCCAUCUGCUCUCAAUCCAACUCCUCAGCAAAUACAGUGGGUUUUUAACUGUUGUUUGAACACAGAAAAAUGUCAGUGUGAGUCGAGCGCACGAAGCCGGACCUCAGUGGCGUUUCUCUGCCUAACUUUCCUCUUCUCUUUUUUAACAAAAUCCUAAAAACAUCUCUCCACUGUUUUCCAUUUUAGAGCGCCUUGAUUACGUUUAAAUUCAUGUCAAAUUAAUGUAGUAUAUAUAUGUAUAUAUAUAUGUACUGUAUGUAAAGAUACUAGUACAAAAAAUCAAAGGUGUUUUAGCUUCUGAAUUCUGGAUUAUUGAUAAUUGGAAUUAAUUUGUGUAAGAAACAAACAACAUUGAAACAGGUAGAAAAUACGGGAGGCUGGUCCUCACCCACGAGCCCUGACUGGGAGUACAGUAGCCAACGAGGGACAUACCAGACACUGGCUGUAGGGGGUGCUUUUAUUGCUACUAAUAUCGUUUCUUAUUGAAGGGCAACCUCAGUGGAGAGGGGGCAUGUGAAUCCUACCUCUGGGGGUAGGUUUGAUCAGGAAGGUCAUCUCUACGUGGAUUACCAGAUGGUCCAACUUUACCGUAUCCAACAAAGGCUAGGUCAAACACUGACUCCACGGACGCUCACAUUCUGUCACUGUUGUUGUCCACUGAACGCUGACCCCAGUGGGGAAGGUCCAAAAACUACGCUUAAAUUAAAUGGCAAAGCAAAGAGUUUUGGACGGAACUUCCUGCUCAGAUUUCACGACAUUCUCAGCUCCUCCUCUAAAAUAAGUCGUCCAGGGACACAGUUCUGACUAGGAUUCCUCCAAAGGUUUAAAAUCCUGUACAGUAUCUUGUUUUUCUCAGCGUUCCUGAUCGUGAGUUGUACAGACAACGUUACGACUACGGAACUGUGUCAUUUUUUUUAAUCAACUUUUAUCCCAGCAUUUCUAUUUU